ACGGUCCCCGCCGCCGGGAUGCUGCCGCCCGCCGGCCGCGGCCGCCGCCGCCUCGCACUCCCGGCGCUGCUCUCGCUCCUCACCUGCUCCCUGGCUUUUGCUUUGGUUUCUGAAGAUACAAAGAAAGAGGUCAAGCAAUCUAAGAAUUUGGAGAAAGGUGGUAUCUCAAGGAAGAGUGACGUAGAUUUAAAAGGAAUUGUAUUUGUCAUCCAGAGUCAAAGUAAUUCUUUUCAUGCAAAGAGAGCAGAACAGUUAAAACAAAGCAUCUUAAAGCAAGCGGCAAAUCUUACACAGGAACUCCCAAGAGUCCUCCUUCUUCAUCAGAUGUCUAAGCAGGAGGGUGCAUGGACCAUACUUCCGUUGUUACCACACUUUUCUGUAACGUAUAGCAGAAAUUCAUCAUGGAUUUUCUUCUGUGAAGAAGAGACAAGAAUACAAAUUCCAGAACUCUUAGAAACACUCAGAAGAUAUGACCCAUCCAAGGAAUGGUUUUUAGGAAAAGCAUUACAUGAUGAAGAAUCUACAAUAAUUCACCAUUAUGCCUUUUCUGAAAAUCCUACUGUUUUUAAAUAUCCAGACUUCGCUGCUGGCUGGGCUCUAAGUAUUCCACUUGUAAACAAGCUUACCAAGAGGUUAAGGAGUGAAUCCCUGAAAUCCGACUUCACAAUAGAUUUAAAACAUGAGAUUGCCCUCUACAUCUGGGACAAAGGGGAUGGGCGUCCCCUUACUUCGGUGCCCGAGUUUUGUACAGAUGCUGUGAAUGCCUACUGUGCUACCACGUUCCAUUCUUUCCUACCACUUUGCGGACAUCCAGUGAAGAAAGAGGAUAUAUUUUUCGCAGUAAAAACAUGCAAGAAAUUUCAUGGUGAUAGAAUCCCCAUUGUAAAGCAGACCUGGGCAGGACAGGCAAGUCUCAUUGAAUACUACAGUGAUCACGCAGAAAGUUCUAUUCCUACGGUAGAUCUGGGGAUUCCUAAUACAGAUAGAGGUCAUUGUGGAAAGACAUUUGCCAUUUUGGAAAGAUUUUUGAAUCACAGCCAUGACAAAAUAGCAUGGUUAGUCAUUGUGGAUGAUGACACGUUAAUAAGCAUCUCCAGGCUUCAGCACUUGCUUAGCUGUUACGACUCCAGCGAACCGCUGUUUCUGGGAGAGCGUUACGGCUACGGCCUGGGCACUGGAGGCUACAGCUACGUCACGGGAGGAGGAGGAAUGGUCUUCAGCAGAGAAGCAAUCAGGAGACUUCUCGCCAGUAAGUGUCGCUGCUACAGCAAUGAUGCCCCCGAUGAUAUGGUCCUGGGAAUGUGCUUUAGUGGGUUGGGAAUCCCUGUGACACACAGCCCUCUCUUCCAUCAGGCCCGGCCCGUGGAUUAUCCUAGGGACUACCUUUCUCACCAAAUUCCCAUAUCUUUUCAUAAACACUGGAACAUCGAUCCGGUAAAGGUAUAUUUCACGUGGUUGGCACCCGGUGAGGAAGACAAAGCCAGGCAGGAGACACAGAAAGGCUUUAAGGAAGAGUUGUAAAGCGUGCUGGCCUAUGAGCACAGUUUGGUUACGAGACCGGAGUGGAGGCUGGCAUCGUCCUGCGAGCUGUGACCACAUUGCUUCCAUGUGCCACAUGGCAUUGGGAGACUCUGACUUUAGGUGGAAAUUAUGUAUAUGGUAUUUUUUGAAGGGGGGGGAAGAAACAGAGUUGUAGGGGAAACAGAUUUUUUUUUUCUGGGAAAAAUCACUUGCUUUUUGCAUUAUGCGGUUAUUGUAAUAUACAGUGAUUACUGUGUAUUUUUCAAGCUGUGAUACAGCAGCUUUAUUACUGUCACAGAAAAAUAAAUGGUACCAGAAGUCUCCUUCCUGUUUUCUCUCUUCAUUAUAAAGUGUCAGAUGGGCAUGAGACUGGCAAGACAUGACUGUGUGUGUAUAUAUAUAUAUAUACACACCCACUCUACAGUGUGUGUAUAUAUAUAUAUAUAGAAUAUAUAUAUUCUAGUGUGUAUAUAUAUAUAUAUAUAGAAGAGGCAACAUCCGUUGACAUGGGUAUUACCAUGAUGUGAACUUUUUAACCAUAUUAUUAAUGAUGAAAAUUAUUUUCUGGUUAUUCAGUAGGAAUAAUGCUGUAUUAAACAUUCAUCAAACAUCAUAAAAGUCGAGAUACGAAGUCCCCCGUAGUCUAUAAUCAGGGUUGUUAUGUUUUAUCUGUUUUUCUGUUGGUGCCUCAUAAAAAGAGAAUAAGAAGUCUUCUGCUAGAGCUUUCUAUUUCUUUCUUUAGAGGUUCAUCUCUGUUCUAUUUCUCCCCGAAGCCCUAUCUUUAUGACCUACUUGUAACACAAAAGUGUGCUGGAUUCUGCCAGAAAAUAGUGUUCUCAAUAUUUAAAAACAAUGUUGUCGGGCUUUAUUCAAGUCUGUGAGUUCUGUGGAAGUCUCAGGAAGUGAAUUAAAUUAAUUUGUACCUGAUGUUUUACUCUUAUUUUUCUUUGAAUGUUACUUAACGACUCUCUCCUGGCUCAUAAUAGACCCCCCAGUGUACCGUGAAACCCUAGUGGAAAGGCAGCAUGGUGAUUUAGUAAUUUCCCUGGGUUCUUACAAAAUGAGAUUUGAAUAUAGUAUUUUGAAACAGCUCUAGUUUUCAAAUCAUAUCUUUAGUAUCUAGUAAUUUAACACAUUCAUUAUUAAUUUGUAAAAAGUACCCUGUAUGUUAACAUUUUAAUUAUGUAAUUCAGUUUUUCUGAGGGCGUUUGCAUAAAAUUUGAUUUUGAUAUGUCUUAAACUAAUUUCGGUCUAGUAAAAUACUUUCCUCUUUUUAAAAAAAAAAAAUUGCUAUUCAUUAACUUUGCUUGUAAAGCUUUUUAUGGCCAAGCACAGAGUUUUAAAGCCAUACCACUAAAAGUACCCAUGUGUGUUUUUUAACAAUACAUUUUUUUGUAGCUUAGCUUGGACUCAUUUCCAAAAUGAUGCAAUAGUAUUUUUUACUGGUUUCCAAAUUAGCAAAAACCAGAACUGGUGUGUUUUCGGUGGUGACUGAAUGCAUUAGAUUCAUUUUUGUGAAAGUGGAUGUGGUGGCCUGUCCAAGGACUGGAUUGGGGACGAGCAGAUGUUUGAGAAGCACCCCAAGGGUCUAUAGAUCCUGUCAGACUGGUGGUGACAUCAGCAUCGUUGUCAGAGCUGGGAUGGCUGUCCUUGCUAUCAUCACAGUCACCUUCCUGUUAUCUGUGAUCAGUACCCCCCCGGGGAGCCUGGCUGCCUGACCCAGUGGAAAAGAGGCUUUGGUUCUUCCUGCUCUGUCCUCCCAAUUGUCAUACUCCCAAUAUGGCACAUUCAUUUGACAGGAUUGAACAGGCGUCUGUACAUGAAGAUCCACGUCAAGCUUUCAGUGCCUUCUACUGAUGCCAGAGUACCUCCUCUGGUACUUGUUGGUGUUUCACUGAUUGUGUUUACUUUUUGGAACUAUGUCAGCCUAACCACAAAUAAAAGAUGUUUGCCUCAGUUA